AUGGAUUAUCCCUACACCCGGGAACAGGGUUACCGAACCAGCAGUGUUGCUCUAGAGGCAGCCUUUAUUACAGCCGAUGUGAGGGAGGCCUUGCAUCGCAGCCAUACUCUGCGAAGGACAGUGCGGGAGCACUUGCGAGACUCGUUGAAGUCCUACUAUUGUGUCGAUGUGGGCAGAGACAAUGCCUUUCGUGUGGUCACACGCCUUUCUUGGAUGCUUUGCGUCUUGCAGAGAGCGACGGGCUUGCCAUUGCUUUGGCACGAGAGACAGUUUCUCUCUUGUCACCCACCAGGAGUGGUGGAUGCCGGUGUGACGCGGCCCGCCUUGGGGCGAUUCUACUUUCGAAUGGCUGUGCCUGGUCAGGGUACUGCUUGUGCUUGUGCACGAACUGAUUGGUCCUCUGGACGGCGGCGAAGUCGCUGCUUCUGUGCUUGGUUGCGCGAUUCUCUCCGAUCGUGUGAGGGGAUUGGUCCCAGCAAUGAGCUCGGCCUCGCUUGUGCCCAAUACUUCCAGUGCUGGAGUGCUCGACAAGUUUCAAAUCUGUACGCUUGGGUGAACAAACCAGGAUCACGUAGUGAUAGUAAAACAUCGUAA